UAAUCUAGAUUAAUCUAGAUUAAAAUGGCAAACGGCAAAAAAUCAUUUUGUUUACCUUGACAACUGUCAAUUAUACUUGGCAACGGUGAAUUAUCAAAUAUAAUUCACCGCUGGAAGUUGUGAAGUAUCCAUGCAAGUGAACGGAGCAUAAACAAAAAUAAUUCACAGCUGAACGCUGGGAAGGCCCAUGCAAGUGAAUGGAGCAGUCUACAGCAUUGAGAAGAGCCGUGUAAUAAUCCAUAAUAAUGUAAGGUUUAGAAGUUAAAUAUUUGAAAGUUGUAGAAUACAUUUAAUUAAUAUAAUUUAUAUUGGAGUUAAUUUGCUAGAAAUAUACUUACAAUGUUUUGUCAGUUAAUCAUUUACAUAUUUAUGUUACACAAUUAUUACUUACAUAUUUACAUGUUUACAUAUUUAACACAGUCAGGAUAUUCUGUUGAAUCUGCCUCUCUGAUUCCCUCACGUUUACCUCAGCCUAUAUUCUAGCUUCUGAUUGUUUAGUUCAGUCACGUGAUGGGUCUGAACAAGGAAGUGUUUGAAAAUAGAUUAACGGCGAUAUUUUUUUUAUUGCGCGAUAAAAGUUUCGCGUUAACGCAGCCGUUAACGCCGAUAACGGCCCACCACUAAUAUAUAUAUAUAUUUUUUAUAUUUUUCUUUGGCUCAAAACAAAGAAGCAGUAGCCUGACUGCUAUGUUCAAGGCAGUAUGUUUGUAUGUUCAUCGUUUAAUUGCACUAUAGGCUUUUUUUUUUGUAUCGUCCUGUUUUGAUCAGUAUAUGCCAAUGUUGUUAUCAAUAAAAAAACAUUUGCACAAGGCAAGCCAAGGAACUUCUUAAUGUUGAUAAGAGCAUUAUAAUGAGAACAAUUAAUGGGACAAAGAAAUCAAGGGAUAUUUAGCAUAGAAAAAAGAUUUGCGAUUAAUCGUGAGUUAAAUAUGACCUUAAUGCGAUUAAAUAUUUUAAUCGCUUGACAGCACUACUCAUAACACAACAUGUCACAGUCAAAGUAGUAGAAAGUAUCACAUAAUUGUUGUGUAACCUUCUAAGCCCCAUGCCGACCUGCUAUCUAGGAGCUGGGCUGUGAACACAACCUGCUGGUAGACUUCUGGGAGGCAGUGCUUGUGGCCUCAACCCAGGAAGCCAUCAUCCAGGAGCUCCUCUUCCGAUUGGCUGUUGUCUACAUUGACCGUCUCACCAUUGGCAUGGCUGCCCCAAGCAAGUUACUGAAGAGCACAGAGGACCUGAUCAACUCCUGCUCCCAUUAUGGUACGCUGUACCCAUGGCUCCGGAUUCUGACUCCAGCUAGCAACACUGGCUCCCAACAGCAGGAGGCACUACAGAAACUCCAGUCCCUCCUAUGCGGUCCCUCCAUGCCCAUCGGAGCUGUUCAGCCUCUUUUAGAGCAGCUGUCCCUUGGGGCCACCCUGUGGGGUCUCAGCCUGCACGUGCUCUGCGCCACCAGGAGGGGGCAGCAUGGGAACUGCAUAGAGAAACUGCUGGACCACUGUCCUCAGGCCAUCAUCCCCUACGCCAACCACCACCUACAGGAGACAUACAUGGCAUUGUGGUGGCAGAAGCUCCUCCCUGAGCUGUGUAAUAGGACCAGAGCUGAGACGGAGAACGGCAUCCUAUUGGCUGCCCUUAAAGAAACGCUUUUAGUUGUGGCUACUGAGAUUAGUCCAGUUGAGUUCGUGGAGCUGAUGCCUGACGAUGGAACAGCACUGUACUUUUUGCCCCACCUUUUGGCAUGCAGUCAAAGACAGCUACUUGCCUAAUAGAGGCACACUCACGCACACACAUGCUACUGUGACUUUCCAUGAAGUUACUCGGUUACUUGACAGGAAUACAAGAGCAUGUUCCAGUAAUGAUUAACUGCAUUCCAUCACACACGGAACACAACCAUUUAUAUUCCUUCCAGGUAGCUGGACCGAUUUAUUUUGUUUUGAAGUUUGCUUUUUUCUGUGAUCAUAUCACAACCCAAGGAUCAAGUCAUCCAUCAGAUAAUGAAGGAUGUAUUAUAACUGCUGCAAUGUGAAUUGACUAAAUCAUGUUAUAUGUUCUCAUAUUUAGUUUAUUUUCAAUGCUCUUGAAAGAGCACGAUUUUUAAUUGUUUUAUUUGUGAAUUGGUAAAUUUAUGCAUAAUUUUCUUUACAAUGUUGCUGAUGUGCUAUGAUUACUAGAGUGGACAAUUAACGUGUUUAUACCUGAAUGCAAAUGUGACUAUAUAUAUUGAUUGUUUUAUUCAUAUUUCUUCUGAGAAUUAAAACAAUUUAUAAUACAAGUACGUCUACCAUAUGUGUCUUAUUAUGGUUAUUAUGGGUGCCUGGGGUUUGGGUUAUUAAGCCAAGAUUGAUAGGAUUCUUAAUUUUAAUCAAGUUUAUUUGUAUUUUGGUCCAAAACUUUGGAAAAUAGUUUUGUAAUUGCGUAGUGUGGACGGUAUGCUUAAAUAUGGCUUAUAUAAAUUAAAUAAAAGUCUGACUUCCUGAUGUAGGUGCUUUAGGCAUAUCGUUUUUCUUUGAUGGAGAUUCUGUAAUAGCAUAGAUGUCAUUCUUCUCUUUAGUAAGUUAUUGAAAAGAUGGUCAGCGAGAAUGGGCUAUCUAAUUAAGGAAUUAGACACCAGGGCAUAAUCCAACACACACAAUCAACCAGCACCCAAUACAAACCCGACACACACACCCAGUGGUGUAGUCUAUUUUAUUGUAGUGGGUAUACUGUGAUGAUUCCCUCCCAGCCUCGUACAAUCCCGUCCCACCGGUACGUGUACGCGUGUGGCGCUUAUGGGGUGUCGCACCACACUCACUAACGCAGGGGUCUACAACCCACUGAUUUAAGAGUAUAACGAUUAUGAGCAAUCAUGGAAAGCUGAGUAGGUUUAUCCGUUUUAAUAACAGUAUGAACAAAUACAACACAAAAAUGACGAGUUGUCCUUUGUAUAUCUAUAGUAGCAAUAGGUGGCACAUGCUAAACAAGGACAAAAUCUAAAAUAAUUUAAUGAACUCUUUACAACCAUGGCUAACCAGUGCAUGAGAAGGAGAUGACAGGAGACUAAUGUUUCACUCUUUCAAUUGCUCUAAUGUUUCACUCUUUCAAUUGCUCUAAUUUGAGCUCUUACUGUUGUUAUCUAUCAUACCAUACAGUAAUUGAAUUGUGUAAAAUUGUGAAAUUACUGCACCUUAAAAAUGACCAUGAAUUAGCUAUACUCUCAUUUGCAUAGUGAUUAACAUUAUGAAUUUCAAUUGUGUAUACCAACUGUAUGUUGGCUGACAUUUACCUAACUCUUUUCCCCUCCACUCUAACCAAGGAUGCCUGUUUUUAAAUUCCCUAGCCUGACACCCAGUCUGAAAGGCUGGCCAGGGGUUCUCAUCUAAAAGUAACAAGGAGAUAUAAAGUGGGAUUAAAACAUUGUCUUCUGUUGACUACUUAUUAUGUGGUUUACACAUUAAUA